AUGGAGCUCUUCAACCAAGGGUUUGAACAGUCUAAAAACGACUACUCCUUGUUUAUUAAUAAAACUCCUACUUCCAUCACCAUUGCAGCUGUAUAUGUGGAUGAUAUACUCUUAACUGGCAACAACCACUCCAUUAUUCAAUCCCUUAAAGCACACCUUCAUCACAUCUUCAGCAUAAAGGAUCUAGGAAGACUCAAUUACUUCUUGGGUUUUGAGGUUACAUAUCUAAAUGAUGGAAUCGUCCUAAGCCAACAAAAUUUUACUACUAACCUUAAACUUCCUCUCAAUCUUAAGCCUAUAGCCACACCACUUCCUCUCAAUCUUAAACUUCAAACCAAUAAUUCUCCCCUUUUUCAUGACCCCACUCACUAUGGGAGUUUAGUUGGAAAGCUAAAUUUCCUCACCCAUACCAGACCAGAUUUUUCUUAUACUAUCCAAGCCCUUAGUCAGUUAAUGCAAAACCCUAUUGAGUUACACUUUCAAGCUCUCACUCACACCUUAAACUAUGUUGCAUCCACACUAGGGCAAGGGAUUCUCUUACAAUCUGUUGAUAACCUUAAACUUCAUGCAUAUUCAGAUAGUGAUUGGGGAGCUUGCUUGGACACAAGGAGGUCUAUAACUGGGUAUGUUAUACUCUUUGGGAACUCUCUAGUAAGCUAA